UCAAGUUCAACAUGGAGGCAGCGCUGGCGAGUUAUCGUCGCCGGCUAGUAAAGUUGAAACUGUUCGCGUGAAACCAAUUCCCCAGACUCGAAAGGACGCGCUUAGCGAAUAGUAGUGGAAAACAAAUUCAGUCCCAAGCUGACGCCGACGGCCAAUCAUGUCGCAGCACCGAGCGCUGUCGCUAGUACGCGGCGCCUUGGGCUACAACCUUCACAAGUGGAGCACUUCGCCGCGCCUCAAAGCAUGCCACCGCCGUCGAUAUCACACGCUCGGUCCGCACUCCAGACACCACCGUCUAAGACUGUACGCCGCCACCACGAACCUCCAGAGCGCCCGAAACGUCGCGCUAGUGGCCAGGAUUCUUCGCGGCGUCCUGAAGGUCCGAUACGUCGUGCUGGGUUCGGCCGUCGCCGGAGGGGCGCACGUCUCCAAGAAGUACGAGGAGUUUAAGGACAACCUCCCAGACUUGGGGUGGAUCAAGGAUACGCUGCCCGAUCGGGACAGCUUGGACAGGUUUCGCGCAUCCCUGGCCGACAUGAAAGGCAAGCUGGGCAUACCCGAGAAAGGGUUGUUCAGGACCGGUGCUAACGCGGCCGCUAGCGGUCUCGCCAGCAUCGGUGAGUGGCUUCAGAGCGUCAAGUUCGAGAGCUCGCCUAGCGUCGCGCACAACGGCUUGGACGACUUCGCCACCGCCUUGGCCGUCGCGCCGCUCUUCUCGUCGCAGCAGCAGGAAGAAGAGCGCCGUCAGAACGAGCGUGAACGCAUGCAGAAGCUUCAAGACGAGCUUAUUCAGGUGCAGAUGAAGUACCAGAAGGAGAUCGAGCGUCUGGAAAAGGAAAACCGGGAGCUACGACGCCAGGUGAUGCUCAAGUCAGAGCAGGGAGUGAGUCGACGCAAAAUAAAGAAGUCCCUCAUUGACCUCUACUCGGAAGUCCUAGACGAGCUCAGUGACUAUGACUCCAGCUACAACGUCCAGGACCACCUUCCUCGCGUGGUCGUUGUUGGUGACCAGAGCGCCGGCAAGACGAGUGUUCUUGAAAUGGUGGCACAGGCACGAAUAUUUCCGCGUGGCGCCGGCGAGAUGAUGACCAGGGCACCGGUCAAGGUGACGCUCAGCGAAGGGCCAUACCACAUUGCCAAAUUUAAGGACAGCUCGCGAGAGUUCGACCUAACUAAGGAGACCGAGCUGUCAGACCUCCGGAGGGAGGUCGAAGUGAGGAUGAAGAACAGCGUCCGCGGCGGCAAGACCAUCAGCACCGACGUCAUUUCCAUGACCGUCAAGGGUCCCGGGUUGCAGAGGAUGGUCCUUGUAGACCUUCCAGGUAUCAUCAGCACGGCGACAACAGAGAUGGCAGAAGGCACCAAGGACGCCAUACGAGAGAUGACAAACCUCUACAUGAGCAACCCCAAUGCUAUCAUCCUGUGCAUCCAGGAUGGCUCUGUAGACGCUGAGAGAAGCAUUGUCACCGACCUUGUCAGCCAAGUGGAUCCAAAUGGUCGAAGAACCAUCUUUGUCCUUACCAAGGUAGACCUCGCUGAGCAGAACAUGGCCAACCCAACUAGAAUUCGCAAGAUCCUUGAUGGGAAACUGUUUCCCAUGAAAGCGCUUGGGUACUUUGCCGUUGUAACAGGCAAGGGCAGUGCGGAAGACAGUAUCACAGCAAUCAAAGCCUAUGAAGAGGCCUUCUUCCGUAACUCCAAGCUGUGCCGAGACGGUAUUCUGAACAUGUCACAGUGCACAACACAGAGCUUGAGCUUCGCCGUGUCCGACUGCUUCUGGAAGAUGGUGCGGGAGUCUGUUGAGCAGCAGGCUGACGCCUUCAAGGCGCAACGUUUCAACCUGGAGACCGAGUGGAAGAACAGUUUCCCUAGGAUGCGGGAGCUUGACCGCGACGAGCUGUUUGAGCGAUCCCGUGGGGAACUGCUAGAUGAAGUAGUCAACCUGAGCCAGCUGAGUCCCAAGCACUGGGAGGAAGUGUUGUCGAGAAACCUGUGGGACUGCAUGUGUGGUUAUGUUGUCGACAGCAUCUUCCUGCCUGCUGCGCAGACCGGCAAUGCCGGCAACUUUAACACAGCCGUUGACAUCCGACUCAAGCUCUGGGCCGAGCAGCUGCUGCCCUCGCAGUCCGUGGACGUGGGCUGGGAGACACUACGGGACGAAUUCAAUGCACUCCUACAGAAACGGAAAACAGCAAAGGACCAUGACACACUCUUCGACCGUCUCAAGGAGGCCGUCGUCAAGGAAGUCCUUGACCGGCACGUCUGGGAGGACAAGGCUGUUGACAUGCUUCGCAUGAUUCAGCUCAAUGCACUGGAAGACCGCGUGGUGCACGACAAGCACCAGUGGGACCAGGCAGUCCGUUUCCUGGAGACGACACUCCAGCAGCGCCUGCAGACAGCCGAAGCUCGGGUCAAGGACAUGGUCGGUCCAGGAAUUAAAGAACAAUGGCUGUACUGGGCUUCACCCACAGAAGAGCAGAGGCAGAGAGCAGUGGUCAAAGCCGAGCUGGAGCGUCUAUUGAACCACGAGUUCCUCCAGAAGCACGGGCCUGCACUGACGCAGGAGGAACUGACGACCGUUCGCAAGAACGUCCAGGCACACGACGUCGACGUCGAUUACAAGUUCAUUAGAGACACGUGGGAGCCCCUGUAUCGCCUGCACUUCCUGCGCCGAUCUCUGGCCAAGGCCAACGAAUGUCGCAAGGGUUACUACCUCUACCACCAGGGCCUGGACUCUGACCUCGAGUGCCACGACGUGGUCCUGUUCUGGCGGGUACAGCGCAUGAUGCACACCACGGCGAACGUGCUGAGGCAACAGGUGAUGAACCGUGAGGCCCGUCGGCUGGAGAAGGGCGUCAAAGAGGUGCUGGACGACUUCUCGCAGGAUCGCGAGAAGAAAGUGGAGCUCCUUACGGGGCGCCGGGUGGAGCUUGCCGAAGAGCUGAAAAAAGUGCGUCACAUACAGGAGAAACUGGAAGAGUUUGUCAGUGCGCUAAAUGCAGAGAAGUGAGUGCAACGAUAGUUUACCUUGAGAAGGGGACUGUUUUAGUUUUUCUCUUUUACAUUACUGCUGGGCCUUUGGGGUUACUUAACAGCAGUUGCCGGCAUUUUUCAAACUUUGGUCAGAUAUGAGGCACGAUUUUAUGCCUCAAAAUGCACUCGUAGCUGAGCUAGUCGGUGAUAAUAUGUGAGCUGAGACUCUUAAACGCCUAGGCAACUAAGGCUAACCUUCGGUCUUUUCUUCUUGAAAAGGCUGGUUUAUAGCUGACACUUUCAAUAGCAACUGCAAUAUUACAUCACACUUGUUUAAUUUAUACUAUUUUGUAAAGUUAGUAUAUUGCUUAAAAAGAUUUAACGCUAAAGGCUUCGAAUUUACCUUCACGAAGUAAACUUGGUGUUUGCUACAUGUCAACAGUUUAUGGCUCUGCGCAAGCACCAGUAAAUCUUGGAUACUGUCGAAGUAAAGUAUGUAAGGAUGCACGAGCGAAAAAAUAAUGUGCCUCGAUAUGUAGGUCUGGCUUGUAGUAAAAAGGUGAAUAUUAUGUAUAGAUAAUAUAGUAUGAAUUUUGUACAUAAUACUAGGAGAAUGAAAGUUGCCAUGUUAUGGCUGCCAG